AUGCCCACAAUAUUCCCAACCUGGCCACACUUCGUCUUCGCGAUCUUCGAGCCCAUCUCCCUGAUCGGCGGAUGGCUCUGCCCAAUACUCGACCUGCAAGGCUUUGUCGCCGACCAGGUUCCAUCGGCGGCCCCGAAGGAGUUGGAAAUCCAUGCAACAUCCGUCGCCCUUGCCUACCAGCUGGCAAAUGUGUAUGGGCUCCUUGCCAUGGUCGGUGUGGGUGUGCUCCAUGCCACCACUGAGCCGAAAGUGCUGCGCAAUUACCUUGUUGCCUUGGCUAUAGCCGAUAUAGGGCAUAUUUACGUGACGUAUCUUGCUAUGGGAUGGGAUCUUUUCUUUGAUGUUGGUGCUUGGAAUGUGCUUACUUGGGGCAAUGUGGGUGUUACGGGGUUUUUGUUUGUGAAUAGGAUUAUGUAUUUCCUGGGUGUGUUUGGGUAUGCCAAAGGCGAUUCCAUUGAUGGGAAGAAGGAAAAGUGGCCUUGA